CGGGGCCCCGCGGAGGAGAGCGGCCCGGCGGGAGGACCCUCCCUCCAUCGUCCGCCCCACACAGCCAGAGAACACACAGCGGAGGUUAUUUUGUGGAACUAUGCUGACGGAAAUAACUUCAUUAAUGCUCGUGGAAACUGUAGACUUUCGAGUUCUUUAGAUGCGGAUGUUACAAUAUUACAGCAAUGGAUCAACGAAAAAAUGACAGCCUUGUUCCUAGUAUCACACAACUGGAGGACUUCCUUACAGAGCAUAAUUCCAAUGUUGUUUGGCUUCUUGUUGCUACAAUUCUAUCUUGUGGAUGGAUUAUUUAUCUAACUUAUUAUAAUUCCCGGAAUGUUGGAUUGAUUUUAACAUUAGUUCUUAACAGAUUAUACAAGCAUGGCUACAUUCAUAUUGGUUCCUUUUCUUUCUCUGUCCUGUCUGGAAAAGUGAUGGUUCGUGAAAUCUAUUAUAUUAAUGAAGACAUGUCCAUCAGAAUUCAAGAUGGAUUUAUUAUCUUUCGGUGGUGGAAGAUGUAUAAUCCAAAGCAGAAGCAGCAUGAUCCAAAGGCAGAAACUAGAUUGUACAUCACUGUGAAUGAUUUUGAAUUUCAUGUCUAUAACCGUUCUGAUCUUUAUGGACAACUUCAAGAAUUAUUUGGUCUGGAUCCAACAAUAAUCCCACCAAAGAAAGAGGAUGAAAAAGCACACGAGAAUGGGAGGGAGAGACCCCAGCCCAGCCUUGAAAGUGUUAAAGUAAAAUCAGAGUCCCAAGAUCCAUCAUCUUCAUGGAGAUCUCUUAUUCCAGUCAUAAAGGUCAAUGUUAGCACUGGUCGUUUGGCAUUUGGGAAUCAUUAUCAGCCGCAGACUCUCUGUAUUAACUUCGAUGAUGCUUUCUUAACAUACGCCACGAAACCACCUUCAAGCCAUCUUGAUCAGUUUAUGCAUAUCGUAAAGGGAAAAUUGGAAAAUGUCAGAGUUAUGCUGGUUCCCAGUCCACGAUAUGUUGGCCUUCAAAAUGAUGAACCACCAAGAUUAAUGGGAGAAGGUUUUGUUGUGAUGCAGUCCAAUGAUGUUGACAUCUACUAUUACAUGGAUGAGCCAGGCCCAGUACCAGAGAAAUCUGAAGAAAAUAUUGAAGGAGAAACUAGCAAUGAGGAUAAUAAAUUGCAAGAUUUGCCUCCUUGUUGGGGAUUAGACAUAGUUUGUGGUAAAGGCACAGAUUUCAACUAUGGACCUUGGGCUGACAGACAAAGAGACUGUCUGUGGAAGUUUUUCUUUCCGCCCGAUUAUCAAGUUAUGAAAGUUUCCGAAAUCGCACAGCCUGGGAAACCAAGACAGAUUCUUGCUUUUGAACUGCGGAUGAAUAUUAUUGCAGAUGCCACCAUAGACUUGCUUUUUACGAAAAAUAGGGAAACGAAUGCUGUACAUGUAAAUGUGGGAGCAGGCUCAUAUUUAGAAAUCAACAUUCCUAUGACAGUAGGGGAAAAUGGAUACACUCCGGCAAUCAAAGGACAACUUUUGCAUGUUGAUGCCACAAGCAGUAUGCAGUAUCGAACACUGUUAGAAGCAGAGAUGUUGGCAUUCCAUAUCAAUGCCAGCUAUCCUCGUAUCUGGAACAUGCCGCAGAAGUGGCAGUGUGAACUGGAGGUCUAUAAAGCCACAUACCACUUCAUCUUUGCCCAGAAAAAUUUCUUUACAGAUUUAAUUCAAGACUGGUCAAGUGACAGUGCUCCUGAUAUUUUUUCAUUUGUCCCAUAUACAUGGAAUUUUAAAAUCAUGUUUCAUCAAUUUGAAAUGAUUUGGGCUGCAAAUCAGCACAAUUGGAUUGACUGUUCCACGAAACAACAGGAAAAUGUUUAUCUGGCAGCCUGUGGGGAAACAUUAAAUAUUGAUUUCUCUUUGCCUUUUACUGACUUUGUUCCAACUACCUGCAGUACCAAAUUUACUUUAAAGGGAGAAGAUGUUGAUCUUCAUUUAUUUCUACCUGAUUGCCACCCCAGUAAAUAUUCAUUAUUCAUGUUGGUAAAAAAUUGUCACCCAAAUAAAAUGACCCCUGAGUCAAGUAUUCCUGCCGAGUGUCAAAGUGGCCAUAAAACAGUCAAGCCCAAAUGGCGAAACAUUACUCAAGAAAAGUGCGGUUGGGUUGAAUGCUGGACCGUUCCAAGUGUUAAGCUUACAAUAGACUAUACAUGGCAUCCUGUUUAUCCCCAGAAGGCAGAUGAGCAGUUAAAGCAAUCACUGUCAGAAAUGGAAGAAACAAUGUUAUCUGUACUGAGGCCGUCCCAGAAAGCAGUGGACAGAACUCUUUCAUCUCCUACUACUUCAUCCCGCCUGGCUAUUGAUCCCUCAGAACUGCCACCUGAUAAGCUUCAUGUAGAAAUGGAGCUCUCUCCUGAUUCUCAGAUAACGCUCUAUGGACCUCUGUUGAAUGCCUUUCUAUCUAUAAAGGAAAAUUACUUUGGGGAAGAUGACAUGUAUACAGAUUUUGAAGAAAUAAUUUCAAGUCCUGUAUUAUCAAUGUCAACAUCAUCUAGCUCUGGUUGGACUGCCGUUGGAGUGGAUAAUGAGAAAAAGGACAAUGAAAGUUCCUCCAAGCCAGUUCAUCCGCUCAGUUUGCGACCUUGGGACAUUACCGUGCUUGUGAACUUGUACAAGGUUCAUGGUCGGCUACCAGUCCAUGGAAGCACUGAUAGUCCCGAAUGCCCUACUGCUUUCUUGGAAAGACUUUGUUUUGAAAUGAAGAAAGGAUUUAGAGAGACCAUGCUCCAACUUGUCCUUUCCCCACUGAAUAUAUUCUUAAAUGACAGUUAUCAGCAGCGUCCCCCUGUGGAUGAAGUCCUCAGAGAAGGUCAUAUCAGCCUGUCCGGUCUACAACUACGAGCUCAUGCUAUGUUUUCAGCAGAAGGUCUCCCUCUGGGAAGUGAUUCCUUAGAAUAUGCGUGGUUAAUUGAUGUUCAGGCUGGAUGCCUUACAGCUAAGGUUACGGCACCACAGCUGGCAUGUCUACUGGAAUGGGGACAGACGUUCGUUUAUCAUGUGGUGUGUCGCGAGUUUGAAUUGGAAAGGCCCAAAUCUGUAAUAAUAUGUCAGCAUGGGAUUGAUCAUCGGUUCUGUGAAUCUAAGAUGAGCUGUGUUCCUGGACCAUGCCAAACCUCAGAUGAUUUGAAGUACACUAUGACCCGCUUAGCGGUAGAUGGGGCAGAUCUUUAUAUCGUGGAACAUGGUUGUGCUACAAAUAUAAAGAUGGGUGCAGUACGAGUUGCAAACUGCAAUCUCCACAAUCAGUCUGUUGGGGAAGGGAUAAGUGCUGCAAUUCAAGAUUUUCAAAUGAGGCAGUACAUUGAGCAAUUAAAUAGUUGUCGAGUUGGACUUCAGCCUGCAGUACUGCGGAGGGCCUACUGGUUGGAAGCUGGGUCAGCCAAUUUAGGACUCAUUACAGCUGAUGUUGCUUUAGCUGCCGAUCAUCAUUCCAAACAUGAAGUGCAAAGGCAUUUCUUAGAAAUACAUGAUAGCAGAACUAAGAGGUUGUGGUUCCUAUGGCCAGAUGACAAUGUAAAGAAUAAAAGAAGCAAGAAUAAGUGUGGCUGUCUGGGUGGUUGCAGAUUCUUUGGCGGCACAGUGACUGGACUAGAUUUCUUUAAACUUGAAGAGCUGACACCUUCAAGCAGCUCUGCUUUUUCAAGUACUAGUGCGGACUCGGACAUGUUUUACGGACAGUCUCUACUGCAGCCAGGAGAAUGGAUUAUUACCAAAGAGAUUCCCAAAGUCAUAGAAGGGAAAGUGAAUGGCAUGAAGAGGAAAGAUUGGGAGUGCAAAUCUGUGGGAAUAGAGGUGGAAAGAAAAGCUCAGCAUCUGAGUCUGCAGGUUCCACUCCGCUCUCACAGCUCCUCCUCCUCUUCAGAAGAGAAUAGCAGCUCCAGUGCGGCUCUCCCCUUGUUGGCGGCUGACAAGGAAAGCCCUUCUUCUACAACCGAAGAACUCCUGGUUCAGAAGGAGUUCCCUCCAGGGAACAAAAGAGAUGAUGGUCAUGGAAGUAUUCUGGCAGAAGUUUCAGAAAACGGCCCCGUUUCUCCCGGUUCCCAGGAGAAAUCAGUAGCUCAGUCUCCGCUCCGGUCUCCUUUGAAGCGCCAAGCAUCUGUUUGUUCUACCCGACUUGGAAGCACCAAGAGUCUCACUGCCGCUUUCUAUGGGGACAAACAGCCUGUCACAGUGGGAGUUCAGUUCAGUAGCGAUGUAUCUCGAAGUGAUGAAAAUGUCUUGGACUCUCCAAAGCAGAGAAGGAGCUUUGGUUCUUUUCCAUAUACACCGUCAGCAGACUCUAAUUCUUUCCAUCAGUAUCGCUCGAUGGACUCCAGCAUGUCAAUGGCCGAUAGUGAAGCCUACUUUUCGGCAGCGGAAGAGUUUGAGCCGGUAAGCAGCGAUGAAGGCCCAGGAACUUAUCCUGGGAGAAAGAAGAAGAAAAAACAGACUCAGCAGAUUGACUACAGCAGAGGUUCCAUCUAUCACAGCAUAGAAGGCCCGCUUACCAGUUCGGCCCAUGGAGAGGGCAGUCAGGAUCCAAGGACUCUGGCAAUCAAAACCCAUCCAUCCCAGGCUUCAUUUGUGUCCGCAUUAGGUGGGGAGGAUGAACUCGUAGAACACCUCUAUACCGUAGAGAGUGAGAAAUCUACAGGGAAUGAACAGAUCACUUCUCAGCAGCCCGUAAUGAGUUGUUACCAAGCCUAUCUUACUCAGUACCAAGUGAUCAAUUGGUCAGUUAAGCACCCGACAAACAAAAGAACCUCCAAGUCCUCUCUGCAUCGACCCCUGGACCUAGACACACCAACCAGUGAAGAAAACUCAUCAUCCUUUGAACAACUUUUUGUCCCAACAUUUAAGGUUAUCAAACAGGGACUCACGGCGAAUGCUUUGCUGGAUCGGGGUAUGCAGCUAUCGGGAUCAACUUCCAAUACACCAUAUACUCCUUUGGAGAAGAAAGGCAUGGAUAACACAGAUGAUGAAACAUUAACAGAAGAGUGGAACCUUGAUCAACCCGUCUCUCAGACUAGAACAACAGCUAUAGUAGAAAUAAAGGGAACUGUGGAUGUUGUUUUGACUCCUCUAGUAGCAGAAGCUCUGGACAGAUAUAUUGAAGCAAUGGUUCACUGUGUUAGUACCCGCCAUCCGGCUGCAAUUGUAGAUGAUCUUCAUUCCGAAGUCCUCAGUGAAGCUAUCCAGAAUAGCAAGACCACCUUCUCAGAAAAUCUGUCCUCCAAACCAGAUGUAAGAGGAACAAAACCAGAGCAACCAACCACCGGAACAGCCACGGCAAACCAAGGACAAGCUCAGACAAAUCUUUCACUUAAGCAAGAUAAUGUGACAAUUAAAGGUCUCCAGGCUAACGUUACGAUACCCAAGGUAAACUUGUGUUUGUUACAAGCAUCAGUGGAAGAAUCAUCAUCUUCAGCUGCUGGUAGGAGUGUGACUCAUGUUUCCCUAGUAGCUUUGUGUUUUGAUAGAAUUGCUACACAAGUACGUAUGAAUAGAGGUGUGGUUGAAGAGACUUCAAACAAUGCAGAGCCUGGUAGAACAUCUGUGAACUUUGAUAGAUAUGUCCACGCCAGUAAAAUGCAACCUCAGUCUUCUGGCUCUCUCAGAUCUAAUGCCGGAGUGGAAAAAGGCAAAGAAAUUGCCGCCAAAUUAAACAUUCAUCGAGUUCAUGGUCAGCUUAGAGGUUUGGAUACAACAGACAUGGGGACCUGUGCAAUCACUGCUAUUCCUUUUGAGAAAUCAAAAGUUCUGUUUACGCUUGAAGAACUGGAUGACUUUACUUUUGUGGAUGAAACCGAUCAGCACACAGUUCCAGAUGCAACACGAAUGGGGCCCAGUCAAGAAAAGUGGGGUUGGAUAAUGUUUGAAUGUGGAUUAGAAAAUCUAACUAUAAAAGGAGGAAGACAGUCGGGGGCUCUUUUGUAUAAUACCUUUGGAAUUAUGGGUAAAUCCAAUGCCACCGAGAGAGGUGGUUUGCUCACAUCCAACAAUUCUUCUGAUUCCCCAACUGGCAGUGGUUAUAAUACUGAUGUGUCUGAAGAAAAUCUUCCUUGUGAUCGAAUAAGUCCUUCUUCAGACAUAAAUGGGAAUUCCGUUUCAGAUGAACAGGACGAAGGAGUUGAAUCUGAUGAUUUGAAAAAAGAUCUUCCUCUAAUGCCACCACCUCCAGAUUCCUGCAGCAUGAAAUUGACUAUCAAGGAAAUUUGGUUUAGUUUCGCUGCCCCGACCAAUGUGAGAGCUCCGCCCCACACCUUUUCUAGGCAAUUGAACCUUUUGAGCACAGCAACCCCUGCUGUAGGAGCAUGGCUUGUUCCCAUUGAUCAACUCAAAUCGUCUUUAAACAAGUUAGAGACGGAAGGAACCCUGAGAAUUUGUGCUGUUAUGGGAUGCAUAAUGACAGAAGCUUUAGAGAAUAAAAGCGUGCACUUUCCCUUGAGAAGUAAAUAUAACAGACUUACAAAACUUGCUCGCUUCCUCCAAGAAAACCCUUCAUGCUUACUGUGCAAUAUAUUACACCACUACCUCCAUCAGGCAAAUUACUCAAUUAUUGAAGAUGCCACUAUGAGUGAUGGCCUUCCUGCCCUAGUAACUUUAAAGAAAGGGCUCGUGGCACUGGCCAGGCAAUGGAUGAAGUUUAUUGUGGUGACACCGACUUUCAAGGGAGUGAGUUUACAUCGACCAACUCAGCCCCUAAAACCACAGACUGCUCUGCACCACGAACAUGAGGAUGGACUUGGGCUAGACAACGGUGGUGGCCUUCAGAGUGACACCAGUGCCGAUGGAGCAGAAUUUGAGUUUGACGCAGCUACUGUCAGUGAGCACACAAUGCUUCUAGAGGGAAUUGCUAAUCGGCCUCCACCCGGCGGUGGUUCUUCUGGGCCUGUUUCCGGGGCUGAAAUCAUGAGGAAACUCUCAAAGUCACACACCCACAGUGAUUCUGCUCUUAAAAUAAAGGGUAUCCACCCGUACCAUUCCCUGAGCUACACCAGUGGAGACACUGCUACUGAUUCCCCGGUGCACGUUGGCCGCUCCGGGCUGCCAGUCAGAGAAAGUCCAAGGAAAGAAUCGUUACUCAGCUACUUAACCGGGAGCUUUCCCAGCCUGCACAACCUCCUAGAAGGGACUCCUCAGAGAAGCACCACUGCUGUCAAGAGUAGCUCCCUAACGAGAACAGGAAAUACGGUGGCCACCGACAUGUUAUCUGAACACCCUUUGUUAUCAGAACCGUCAUCAGUGAGCUUCUAUAAUUGGAUGUCAAAUGCAGUGGGUAACCGAGGAAGUGUGGUACAGGAGUCUCCUGUCACAAAGUCUGGUCACAAUAGCCUCCCAACAGGGGCUGCUCCCAACCUUCCUACAAUACCCUCAGCCUCAGACUUCAAUACAGUCUUGUCCAGUGACCAGAACACCUUGGAUGGAACCCAUUCUCAGCAUAGCACCAGUCAGGAUGAUGUAGCAGGUGUGGAAGAGGGCAACCAAGGAUUUCCUGCUGUUCAGCUGGCUGAUGCACAGGUGGUUUUCAAACCCCUUCUGAGCCAUACAGGGAUUCAGUCACAAGACGCAAUGCCUCUCUGCUACCGAAUGUAUUUUGGAGAACACCUUUCAUUUUCAGGGACUUUGGAUUGCCUUAGAGCAGAUAUCGUUGAUUCUGACACAACUAAAGAGAGAAAAAGCAAAAGAGCAAGACGGCAAGGGGCUGUAAACCUCCCACCACUGGAGUUCAAACCAGCGUUAAUGUUGGAAACCUUUAGCCUCAGUGCUGUCGUAAUGGAGAAAUCGAUGUGCACCCCUCAGAACUCAGCCAAUGCCCUUUCUUUUCACGACCUCAACAAGCGUUACUACAACACUUUUCACUGCAAUUUUACAAUCUCUUGCCAGUCAAUAAGCCAACACGUAGACAUGGCGUUGGUUCGUCUCAUUCAUCAAUUUAGUACAAUGAUAGAUGACAUCAAAGCCACCCAGACAGAUAUUAAACUUAGCAGAUAUACAGCUGGAUCAGCAUCCCCGACCCCUACCUUCAAAACCCGUAAACAUCGCGACUUUCGCUCUUCUGACUUCAGCCGCAGCUCAAGGGGAAGUCUGAAUGGCGGAAAUAGAGUAAAUAAUGCCAAGAAUAAAAGGACCAACAAUGAGAACAACAAGAAAGAACCCCGGAAUAAGAAUUCCGUUGGAAGAUCAGAAAGACGAACUUCGAAAGUAUCCAGGAAAGGUUCAAAGGAUGUGGUCGAUCACAUGACCAUUCAUAUGGAUGACUCUGAUUCGAUUACGGUGUCAGAGCAGAGUGAGCCUUCUGCAGAGUGUUGGCAAAAUAUGUAUAAACUGCUGAAUUUCUAUUCGCUUAUCUCAGAUCCGACAGGAAUUUUAGAGAAAUCAUCCGAAACAUUUGGACCAGCAGGUGUCCGGAGCCCCACGGAACCAACAUGUAAGGUUGUGUUCGAGAAUGAACAGGACAACAACAGCUUGAACAAGACCCAGAGGAAACGCAGCCUGGUCAUCGCCGAACCCCAGCACGUGACUCUCAUAGUGUUCGGGAUUGGCAUGGUCAAUCGCACGCACCUUGAGGCGGAUAUCGGUGGACUAACCAUGGAGUCCGAGCUGAAGAGAAUCCAUGGGAGCUUUACCCUGAAAGAAAAAAUGAAAGAUGUCUUGCAUCAAAAAAUGACCGAGACAUGUGCCACCGCUCAUAUUGGUGGGGUUAACAUUGUUCUGCUUGAAGGAAUUACACCUAAUAUACAACUGGAGGACUUUCCAACAUCUCCUACAAGUACAGCCAAACAAGAGUUUCUAACUGUGGUGAAAUGCAGCAUUGCCAAAUCUCAGGCACUCUACAGCGCCCAGAGAGGGCUGAAGACAAACAACGCGGCUGUCUUCAAAGUGGGCGCGAUCAGCAUCAACAUACCUCAGCACCCGGCCACGUUGCACAGCAUGAUGGUGCGCAGCUCUCACCAGCUUUCCAAACAGAUCUCGGAUCUCAUUAGGCAGCCAUCGACGGCCCCACAGUCUGUGAAAGAAGAUAUUGCAACCCCAUUGCCUUCCGAAAAAACUCCAACAAGUAUCAAUCAAACUCCUAUUGAAACCAAUGAAUUUCCACAGCUCCCUGAAGGCUUAGAGAAGAAGCCCAUUGUUCUGAAAUUCAGUGCUAUGUUGGAUGGCAUAGCUAUUGGAGCAGCAUUAUUGCCAUCUCUGAAAGCAGAAUAUAAGAUGGGGAGAAUGAGAAGUCACGGAAUGACAGGGGCGCAGACGAGAUUUACCUUUGAACUGCCAAAUCACAAACUGCGCUUUACUUCAAAGGUUUCUGCCACCGACAUGUCAACAAUUCCUCCUUCUGCCAGUCUAAACCUUCCUCCUGUCACUAUGUCAGGGAAAUAUGUAAUGGAAGAACAUGAUAGCUAUUCAGAUCAGGUGUGGAAUAUAGAUGAGUUACCCACUAAACAAGGUUACUAUUUGCAAGGAAACUAUCUACGAUGCGUAGCUGAGGUCGGUUCCUUUGAACAUAAUCUCACAACCGACCUUCUAAACCAUUUAGUGUUUGUUCAGAAGGUGUUCAUGAAGGAAGUCAAUGAAGUAAUCCAGAAGGUUUCGGGUCCAGACGAGAAGCACCCAAGUUUUUUAAGAGAAUUAAUGGAGGAACUCUCGGAACCUUUGAGACUAUACUUCAGUAAAUCAUGGGAGUCAGGAGAGAGAUCUGAUAGCAGGAAAAGUAUGGUGCCUAACCGAAAGAAGAGUAGGCAGGAGGAAACAAGGAACCAGACCAAAUACCUGAGCAUAUAUAGAGGAGAACAGCCUAUUCCUCUGUGGAACGAACACGAUGGCACAGCAGAUGGAGAUAAGCCUAAAAUUCUCCUCUAUUCCUUGAACCUGCAGUUUAAGGGUAUUCAGGUGACAGCCACAACUCCAUCCAUGAGAGCGGUGAGAUUUGAAACUGGACUGAUAGAACUAGAACUCUCAAAUCGACUUCAAACCAAAGCAUUACCAGGAAGUAGCAGCUACUUGAAGUUAUUUGGAAAAUGUCAAGUGGAUUUGAAUUUAGCAUUAGGACAAAUUGUCAAACAUCAGGUUUAUGAAGAGGCCGGCUCUGAUUUCCAUCAAGUUGCCUAUUUUAAGACAAGAAUUGGAUUAAGGAAUGCCCUCCGAGAAGAAAUCAGUGGCUCUUCAGAUAGGGAAGCUGUGCUCAUUACUCUGAACAGGCCGAUUGUUUAUGCCCAGCCUGUCGCCUUUGACAGAGCUGUGCUGUUUUGGCUCAAUUACAAAGCUGCGUACGACAACUGGAAUGAACAGAGGAUGGCUUUACAUAAGGAUAUUCACAUGGCCACCAAGGAAGUGGUAGAUAUGUUACCGGGUAUUCAGCAAACAUCUGCUCAGGCCUUUGGGACGCUUUUCCUCCAACUCACUGUUAAUGACUUGGGAAUUUGCCUGCCAAUCACAAAUGCUGCCCAGUCGAAUCAUACCGGUGACCUUGAUACUGGCUCUGCUUUAGUCCUGACCAUUGAAAGUACUCUAAUUACUGCCUGCUCUUCAGAGUCUCUAGUUAGCAAAGGACAUUUCAAAAAUUUCUGCAUCCGUUUUGCUGAUGGCUUUGAGACAACCUGGGAUGACUGGAAACCAGAAAUCCGUGGGGACCUAGUUAUGAAUGCUUGUGUUGUACCAGAUGGGACCUAUGAAGUAUGUUCUAGAACUACUGGACAGGCAUCAGCUGAAAGUAGUAGUGCUGGAACUUGGACACUCAAUGUGCUGUGGAAGAUGUGCGGGAUUGAUGUCCAUAUGGAUCCAAAUAUCGGGAAACGGCUGAAUGCCCUGGGCAACACCCUCACCACUCUAACAGGAGAGGAAGAUGUUGAUGACAUUGCGGACCUGAACUCAGUAAACAUAGCCGACCUGUCUGAUGAGGAUGAAGUCGAUUCUAUGUCUCCCACCAUACACACUAGUUCAGAUGGAGGUUCAGUAAGUGGAGAUGGCUACAAGCUUACCUUUGGGCAGCGACUUGUAAAUCACCUGCUGGGACUGACACCCCACAAUCAUCGUUACUCUGUUCCUACGGAGUAUCUGUUUGGAUCAGAGCUGUAUGGCUCCCCUCAGUCUAGUGGAUCACACUUGAAAGCAUGCAGGGCUCACUCAUGGGGAAAUGAGGCUAUUGAUUAUCGAAGACAAGGAGCAUCUGCUAAUCAGCCAGGAGAGUUAAGAGGAAGAAAAGUUAUGAAACGAAUAGUGGACAUUAGGGAACUGAAUGAACAGGCUAAAGUAAUUGAUGAUCUCAAGAAAUUAGGUGCAAGUGAAGGAACUAUAAACCAGGAGAUUCAGCGAUACCAGCAGUUAGAAUCUGUUGCCGUGAAUGACAUACGCAGAGAUGUUCGUAAAAAAUUACGGAGGUCCAGCAUGAGAGCAGCUUCACUUAAGGACAAAUGGGGACUAGGCUACAAACCCAGUUACAACCGAUCAAAAACCAUUUCUGCUUCAGGGAGGCCUCCUCUUAAACGAAUGGAGAGGACAAGCUCUCGGGUGGGAGAUGCUGAGGAGCUUCCAGAAAUUCGUGUGGAUGCAGCUUCUCCUGGACCCAGAGUGACUUUCAACAUCCAAGAUCCAUUGAAUAAUACAGUUUGGGGACUUUCACAGCCAUCCGGCCCUCCAGGGGAAGGGUAUUUUCAGUUUCCAGAGGAGACAGAACUGGACCUUUUGUCUGUAACCAUUGAUGGUCCAUCCCAUUACUCAUCAAAUAGUGAAGGAUCAUGCUCAGUAUUCAAUUCACCCAAAACUCCGGUAGUCUUCUCACAAGACAUUCCCUUCCAGCCUGAAGAAGGUCGGAGAGAUGACAGCUCAUCUUCAACCAGUGAAGAUUCAGAGAAGGAGGAAAAGGAAGAUGACCACGAAAGGGAAAAAUUUUAUAUUUACAGAAAACCCUCACACACCUCCCGUAAAAAGGCGACGGGCUUUGCUGCAGUCCAUCAGCUGUUUACUGAACGCUGGCCUUCAGCUCCUGCCAGCCGAAAUCUCAGUGGCACAGCCACAGAAAGAAAUAUUGACUUUGAAUUGGACAUCAGAGUUGAAAUCGAUAGUGGGAAAUGUGUUCUGCAUCCAACCACACUCCUGCAAGAACAUGAUGACAUAAGCUUAAGAAGGAGUUAUGACCGAAGUUCAAGAAGCUUGGAUCAAGAAUCCCCUUCAAAGAAGAAAAAAUUUCAAACUAACUAUGCCUCCACUACACAUUUAAUGACUGGCAAGAAAGUGCCAUCAUCUUUGCAAACAAAGCCAAGUGACUUGGAAACAACUGUAUUUUACAUUCCUGGAGUUGAUGUAAAGUUACACUACAACUCUAAGACUUUAAGGACUGAAUCGCCAAAUGCUUCCAGAGGAUCAUCUUUGCCGAGAACCCUUUCCAAAGAGUCCAAGCUGUAUGGUAUGAAAGACAAUGCCACAUCUCCUCCUUCUCCUCCUUUACCUACCUCUGCCCACAGCAAGACUAACACCUUACUUCCUCCCCAACCCCCACCUAUUCCCUCAGCCAAAGGGAAGGGAAGUGGAGGCAUAAAAACCGCUAAACUCUAUGCGUGGGUAGCACUCCAGUCCUUGCCGGAGGAAAUGGUCAUCAGUCCCUGCCUCUUAGACUUUCUAGAGAAGGCUCUGGAAACCAUCCCUAUUACACCAAUCGAAAGAAAUUACACGGCAGUGAGCUCGCAGGAUGACGAUAUGGGACAGUUUGAUCUACCAGAUCCUAUGGAAGAGUCUACAACAUCACUAGUAUCGUCUUCAACCUCUGCAUACUCCUCCUUCCCGGUAGAUGUAGUAGUUUAUGUACGAGUUCAGCCUUCACAGAUCAAAUUCAGCUGCUUACCAGUGUCUAGAGUAGAAUGCAUGCUAAAACUGCCCUCCCUGGACCUGGUGUUUUCUUCGAAUCGAGGGGAGCUGGAGACUCUAGGGACCACCUACCCUACAGAGAGUUUGUCACCUGGCAGUAGCGCUUCUCUGAGUGGAACAAAGACCUCAGCUAACAAAACUGGGACCCCAGGUUCUUCUGGAUUAGGGAGCCCCCUUGGCAGAAGCCGGCACAGCAGUAGUCAGUCAGACUUGACAAGCUCCAGCAGCAGUUCAUCGGGACUGAGUUUCACCGCCUGCAUGUCUGAUUUCUCCCUUUAUGUAUUUCAUCCAUAUGGAGCAGGGAAACAAAAGACUGCUGUUUCUGGCCUUACCCCUGGAUCUGCAGGACUAGGCAACGUCGAUGAGGAGCCUACGUCGGUCACCGGGCGGAAAGAUUCCCUUAGUAUAAACCUGGAGUUUGUGAAAGUGAGCUUAUCUCGAAUAAGGCGUUCUGGUGGCGCUUCGUUUUUUGAGAGUCAAGUUGCAAGCAAGUCUGCAAGCAAGAUGGACACUACGUUAAUAAAUAUAUCUGCUGUGUGUGAUAUAGGAUCGGCUUCCUUUAAAUAUGAUAUGCGUCGGCUCAGUGAAAUCCUGGCCUUUCCAAGAGCCUGGUACAGAAGAAGUAUUGCCCGGCGCCUUUUUCUUGGAGAUCAAACCAUCAAUUUGCCAGCAUCUGGCCCUGGAACACCUGAUUCCAUUGAAGGAGUAAGCCAGCACCUAUCCCCGGAAUCCUCCCGAAAGGCUUACUGUCGAACCUGGGAGCAGCCCAGCCAGUCAACUUCCUUCACUCACAUGACGCAGGCUAAUAACGUUUUCAAUGAACACAUGACCAACAGCAACAUGUCACCAGGGGCAGCCGUUCAGAACCUAAAAUCUCCAGCAUCUAUAAGAUCCAGAAGUGUAUCCGACUCUUCAGUUCCUCGGAGAGAUUCACUCUCGAAAACAUCAACUCCUUUUAACAAAUCCAACAAAGCAGCAAGCCAACAAGGCACGCCAUGGGAAACAUUAGUCGUAUUUGCUAUCAACCUGAAACAACUGAAUGUUCAAAUGAACAUGAGCAAUGUGAUGGGCAAUACAACCUGGACCACCAGUGGUUUGAAAAGCCAAGGCCGUCUUUCAGUGGGCAGUAAUCGAGACCGAGAGAUCAGCAUGUCCGUUGGUCUGGGUAGAUCACAGCUGGACUCGAGGGGAGGAGUAGUUGGAGGUACCAUAGAUGUUAACACUUUGGAAAUGGUCGCUCAUAUUUCUGAACAUCCAAACCAGCAACCCAGUCACAAAAUUCAGAUCACCAUGGGUUCUACAGAAGCACGUGUUGAUUAUAUGGGAUCAAGUAUUCUCAUGGGUAUCUUCAGUAAUGCUGAUCUUAAGCUACAGGAUGAGUGGAAAGUGAACCUGUACAACACUUUGGAUUCAAGCAUGUCUGAUAAAAGUGAAAUUUUUGUUCAUGGAGAUUUGAAGUGGGAUAUUUUCCAAGUGAUGAUUUCACGAUCGACCACGCCCGACCUGAUAAAAAUAGGAAUGAAGCUCCAGGAGUUCUUCACACAGCAAUUUGACACCAGCAAACGUGCUCUGUCUACCUGGGGGCCAGUUCCUUAUCUCCCACCGAAGACUAUGACCAAUAACUUAGAGAAAAAUUCGCAAGAACAGUUGCUGGACGCAGCUCACCACCGCCACUGGCCAGGAGUAUUGAAGGUGGUGUCGGGGUGCCAUAUAUCCUUAUUUCAGAUUCCACUGCCAGAGGACGGAAUGCAAUUUGGAGGAUCGAUGAGUCUGCAUGGGAAUCACAUGACGCUGGCUUGCUUCCACGGCCCUAAUUUCCGCUCAAAAUCAUGGGCACUCUUUCAUUUAGAAGAACCUAACAUUGCAUUUUGGACAGAAGCCCAGAAGAUCUGGGAAGACGGUUCCAGUGAUCACUCGACAUAUAUUGUGCAAACACUGGAUUUUCAUUUGGGUCACAAUACUAUGGUCACCAAACCCUGUGGCGCUUUAGAGAGUCCCAUGGCAACAAUAACCAAGAUAACCAGACGCCGCCAUGAAAAUCCUCCCCAUGGAGUGGCCAGUGUAAAAGAAUGGUUCAAUUAUGUGACUGCAACAAGGAAUGAAGAGCUGAACCUGCUCCGAAAUGUCGAUGCCAAUAAUGCAGAGAGCAGCACCACUGUGAAGAGCUCCAGCUUGCUGAGCGGCUUCCGGGGCGGGUCCAGUUACAAUCAUGAAACAGAAACCAUCUUUGCCUUACCCCGCAUGCAGCUGGACUUCAAAUCCAUUCACGUUCAAGAACCUCAGGAACCAUCAAUCCAGGACACCAACGUUAAACCAAAGGUCGAAUGCAGCGUGGUCACAGAAUUUACCGACCACAUUUGCGUGACUAUGGAUGCCGAGCUAAUCAUGUUUUUGCACGACUUGGUGUCUGCUUACCUAAAAGAAAAAGAAAAGGCUAUCUUUCCACCUCGAAUUUUGUCCACUCGACCUGGGCAGAAAAGUCCAAUUACUGUUCACGAUGACAGUUCCUCCGAAAAAGAAAGAGAGGAAAGCAUCAGUUAUACUACGGUAGACUGGAGAGAUUUCAUGUGCAAUACUUGGCAUUUGGAACCCACACUCAGAUUAAUUUCUUGGACUGGCCGAAAGAUUGACCCGGUGGGGGUUGACUACAUUCUUCAAAAGUUGGGCUUUCAUCAUGCCAGGACUACUAUUCCCAAGUGGCUUCAGCGAGGUGUCAUGGACCCAUUGGACAAGGUUCUGUCGGUCCUAAUCAAAAAGCUGGGGACGGCCCUCCAGGAUGAAAAAGAAAAGAAAGGAAAAGACAAAGAAGAACACUAAAAGCAGCCGUAUCUGUGAAAUUUAUAAUUUUAUUUCCGUUAAAUUUAUUACACCGAAGUAUUUUAUUGUAUAAUAAAAUUAUUUUAAGUUUGAUUUAAAGAGAAUUCUAAUAGCUUUUUGCUCCUUUAUUAAACAUUUGUGAGUUUAAUUGUUUACUGUGGUACUCUCCACCAUUUUGUAUACAGUCAAGUAUUGCAUGAUGUAAAUUUUGUGAAAUAAGAGAAACUCUGUAAAUCUGUCGAGCAUUCAUAAUUAUGUGCAAUAUCAUUCCUGCAUCUUUAAAAUAUUUGCAGAUUAACUGUGAAUUUUCGAGACUCAUUGGCUGGUCAUAACUUAAAUCUUGUUGAUAAUGUAUUUUUUUUUUUGGUCAGUGGCUUUUUUCCCUUUGUUGUAUAAAUUUCUGUAUAUAUGGUUUAUGGAACUGUGAUAUGGUUGCCAUAGUGCAAAACUGUUGUUACUGCUGUAAUAAAGCCUCAUUAACUUGUUUGAGA